AUGUCCAACCUGACGCUGCAGCAGAAGACGCUGGAGCGGGAAAACAUCGAGCUGACGGAACCGGCUGCGACGAGCCGAGCUGGGCAGCCGCCAGGGCCGCCGCUGGUGCCGCGGGGCAGCCUGCCCGCCGCCACCUCCACGCCCAACCACAGCAUGCUCGACUCACCGCAGCGACUCAACUCGUCAUCGAGCGCCACGGACGGCAGCCGGUACGCCUCGGCACAGGACAACUCGUCUCCGACAGGCAUGCACCCCGCCACCUGCCGGGAAGGAUCGCUACCAAAGACGCCGCCGUCGUCGCAUCGCCGGCGCGUGGAGUCGCUGGGCGGCACCCUGCCGCGCGCCUCGGCCGCCGCCGACAGUCAGCGGCGUGCGGUCGCCUUCGGUAAACAGCCGACGCGCCGCCUCUGGGAGCGGGUGACGGGAAAGUAUAGCUCGUCGACGCCCAAUCUAGCCGACUCCGAUCAGCCGAUCCCGAACAGUCCCACCGAUGACGUCACGGGCGGACCACACUCCCCCAGCACGCAGAACAAAAACAAAGGCUUCAAAAAGCUGUUCGGAAGGAUGAAGCGCAGCAACUCGGGCGGCCUGGAGCCGGAGAUCCCAGACGGCGGCGAGUUCCGGCGCGGCGGCACGCGCGCCACGGCCGGCCCCCGGCUGGGCUGGGGCGGCGAGAGGUCGCGCGACGACGACCGCGUCUGGCGACCGCUGGCCGAGUGGGACACGGACACGGUGGUCGGCUGGUUCCACGAGAUGGGCCUGAGCGCCUACACCGCGGAGGUGCGCCGCUGGGUCCGCUCUGGCAGCCACCUGCUGCGCGCCACCGGCGCCGAGCUGGAGAAGGAGCUCGGCCUCAAGCACCCGCUGCACCGCAAGAAGGUGGUGCUGGCGCUGAGCGCGGCCGGCUCCGCGACCGACGAUCCGCCCGGCCACAUCGACCACAACUUUGUGAUGCGCUGGCUGGACGACGUCGGCCUGCCCCAGUACAAGGACGCCUUCCUGGAGGCGCGCGUCGACGGCCGCGUGCUGAACCAGCUGACGCUGGAGGACCUGCAGACGCUCAAGGUCACGAACCUGCUGCACGCUCUCAGUCUGAAGCGCGGCAUUCAGGUGCUGCGCCUGAACGGCUUCUCGCCGGCCUGCCUGCGGCGGCGCUCGACGCCCGACGAGCCGCGCCAGCCGACGCCGCAGGAGGUGGCGCUCUGGACCAACCACCGCGUCAUGGAGUGGCUGCGCGAGGUCGAUCUGGCCGAGUACGCGCCCAACAUGCGCGGCUCAGGGGUGCACGGUGCGCUGCUGGUGUACGAGCCCCGGUUCACCGGCGAGCUGAUGGCCUCCGUGCUGUCCAUCCCGGCCAACAAGUCGCUGCUUCGGAGACACUUGUUCACUAGGUUCAACGAUCUGGUCGGCUCGGAAAUCCUCCGAGAGAAGAGAGAGGUCGAAGACAACCAGACCAUCACGCCUCUGCGGACCGACUCGAAAGUCAAGCUGCACAAGCGGGGCCAGUUCACGCUGAAGCGGCGCAAGGGCAAGGCCGAGUCGGACGGCGACGACUUCCUCUGCCCGGUGGACGUGCAGGGCUCGCCGCUGUCGUCUCCGGACAUCGCCAGCGGCCAGAACCCGCUGGAGAUGUCGCUGGUCGAACUGCGCACCAGCGACGUUUAGCCGCGCGGCGUGCGGGACACCAGUGACGUCAU